UGAGCAUCUCGCAUUGCCACAAAUCUCUAUUCACUAUUUUGAUUUUUUAGUUGGAGGUCUUUAAAAGGGGUCAUCCCGAUCAAACCCAGAAUUUUAAUUCGAACUUGAGAAGUCCAGCAUUAUUUUAGUUUUUUGAAAACUAGCUGUUUGUCCCAAAAAGAUGCUUUUCAAUCCCGUCAGGAAACAAGAUUUCAGAAUUUCAAUAAUCCGAUACGCGAGCUUUCAAUGAAGCCUCUCACUGCCUCCAUCAAGAUGAGACUAUCUAACCUAACUCCUAAGCAUAAUAAAUAUUGGCACUUUACACAUGCCAUCAGAUGAUCAACAAUAAAUCGUUUGAAUUGCAACAAGCUUAAUCUUCAAAAGAACUACAAGUAAUCAUGCCUCCUUUUACACUUCUCCUCAACCGAACCGAACCCACGAUUCCAAUAUAACCGAGUUCAGGAACGCACGUCGAAUAGGUUUCACAGUUUGUGCGUUGGGAUUAGGUUCAGAAUGUUGAAUACUAGCAUAAAACGUCUAGGCAAUCCUCAUGCAUUUGAAAUAUGUGAUGACUUUUCAAUAGUCACCUCUUUCCUUACUUCAGAUAUCAAAUACCCAUACCUAGUCCUCUCGUCCCAUCUCACACUAAAAAUAAAUUCCUACUCUAGAGAACUCGAACUAGUGUCACAAUAGAGCCACUUGGUACGCUAUUAUACCUCCUAAGAUCAUUGCACAGCUUGAGAAUCCUAACAGCCUGUGUGCAUCCGGAGAUACAUUAUCUUCAUUCAAGUGCCGGAGCCAAAAGUUUUGCCCAGAUUGUUCGUCGCCUCCGUCCACCGGGUUCCAGAUUGCAACAUUCAAACUAUCCUUCACUGUCUCGACAUUACUCAUAUCGAUCUAGUUAAGUUUGAUAGACCAAAGAGGCAGUGAUCAUAGUAUCCGAACAAACCCCGACAACUUAUUCAUUUUGUCAAAUGAUCAUUGGAUGGAGAAGUGGGAAUAUGGCAAGUAAAGUUUCGACUGCCGCAAAAUCGGGGACCUGGAAUCUUUUUAAAUGACGUUGACUUGUAUUGAAAGAUGCGGUACUCGAGUAGAUAUUUAUACCCAAGUGAAGUACUCGUUCGUGUGGUUUACAAAAUCAGAUAGUAAUUUUCUCCUCUUCACAUUAAUACCUUCCUCUCAUUUCCAUAUCCACAAAACCCCACACCAUUGUGAGGACUUCACAGCCUUAACGUAGGAAGAGCUACCUAGUAUUUUUUUCCAGUCUCGGAAUAUUUAACUGAUAAUCAAUCGGUAAUGCCUACUAUUGUACCUGGUCUUAAAAAACUCAAAGAACGUCGAGCUCACGCCAAAGAGCUUCGAGGUCAAUCGAAUGAAUUGCACAGAUGUUAUCAAGAUAUGAAAGCCGUAGACGAUCGAUAUAAUAAACCCCAGACGUAUCAUGUGGAUCAAUUCACACAUACGAACGGAAAUGCAGACAAAUUACAAAAUCUGCGUGCUACAAUACCACGGGAAAUAGAAAUAAGGCCGUCAAGUGACUCAUCAGCACGCUCAUGA